GGAUGGUUCUUGUUGGGAAAACUGGAUCAGGAAAGAGCUCCAGUGGAAACACCAUGCUGGGAAGAGACGCCUUUGGUUCAGCUGUCAGUUACUUCUCAGUCACCAGACAGUGCUGUAAGCAGACAGGCGAAGUGUUGGACAGGCAGCUGACCAUCGUCGACACUCCCGGACUCUUCGACACUUCACAGCCUGAUGAAACUGUGGAGAGAGAGAUCUCCAAAUGCAUCAACAUGUCGGCCCCGGGGCCCCACGCCAUCCUGCUGGUCAUCAAACUGGGGCCUUUCACAGAGGAGGAAAGAGAAGCCGUCUGGAAGGUGGAAGAGGUCUUUGGAGAAGAUGCCUGGAAGUACACCAUCAUCCUCUUCACACACGGAGACAAAGUCACGGCAGACUUCAAACAGAUGGAGGAAGAGGCUGGACCCGAGCUGCAGAAGGUCCUGGAGAAGGUGGAGAACAGGUAUCACAUCUUCAACAAUCUCAAGAUCAACGAUCGUGGACAGGUCCUGGGUCUGUUAAAGAAGGUAGACGAGAUGGUUGAGGCCAACGGAGGACAGUUUUACUCCAACUACACCUACAAGGAGGUGGUGGAGAUGCUGAGUCAGAGAGAGGCCGAACUCAGAGAGUUCUACGAGAAGAAACUGGAGGAAGAAAUCAAAUCUGUCGAGUUAAAGUACGAGAAGAAGCUGAGUGAAGCUCAACAGGAGCAACAAAACGUGGAGAAACAACUGCAGGAAGAGCUGGAGGAAGUGAGGCGUUAUUAUCGUGCUUUAGAGAGCGGAGUCCGUCAUGUCGUAGAGCAGACGGUGCAAAAAGACUCUCUCAGUGAGGUUCUUUCCCAGUUUCCUGAGAAGCUGAAACUGAAUUUACAAUCUUAA